GACUCCAACAUUAUCUUAAACGACAUGGCCGUCUUCAUGAUAAACAUCUGUAAAUUCAAUGGCUGUGGCAUUACAUUCCCAAGAUUGGCGGAGCUAAUAGAACAUAUAGAAGAUGUCCACAUUGACUAUGAUCCAGCAGUUGUUGAACAGAAAGAAGCGUCACAGCCAGCAUGUAUACCCCUAAGUUACGUAUUGAGAUUCUUCACGGAGGCAUCCAAGCGGGAAAUUCACAACCUUCCACCAGUACCGGAUGUCCGGCGUCGUCUGCUGUCCGCACCUAAUACACCAUCUGUCCGGAGCAAUACUCCUACUGGAAGUGAAAUGGACGAAGACGAGAUUAUGAGUCCAUCAGAAGAUAGUAAUGACUCUUGGACCACUGUCGAAGAAUACAGCUCCGACUACAUAUUGCGAUACGGUGUCAAAAUGAACGCGAGUGCAUUAUCUGGUGCGUUAGGUCCAGCGGCUCAGGAGAAGCCUUUCGCGUGCCCUGUGCCCGGUUGUAAGAAGCGAUACAAGAACGUAAACGGCAUCAAAUACCACUCUAAAAAUGGACACAAAAAGGAUGGAAAGGUAAAAAAGGCAUACAAAUGCCAAUGCGGCAAAAGUUACAAAACCGCUCAAGGCCUUAAAAGUCACUCGUUGACCCAUCAUAUAACAGCCAGAGCCCCGUUAGUGGUGACCGCUGCGCCUGCGAGGCAAAUGAACAUAGAUACAGAUAGUAAACUGGUCCGUAUAUACGACGCGCUUACAACCAAAGAACUACCCGCAUUUACUAUUCCAAAGCAUAACUUGAGCGCUUUGGGGAUGCUGCCUUCUUUAACCCCAAACAUGGACAAAAUGAAGAUCGUCGCCCCAAAGGUAACCGUACAGAAUACGCAGCCAAUAUCGGUCAUGCCUUCAUUCAACGAUUCGGCCAAUUAAAAACAUAGUGUGAAUAGGGUUGCCACUUUAUUCUUACCUUAUUUUGUCCUAUAAGUUGCUGAUUAAACAAAUUAUUCAAUAAUAAAACUAUAAACCAGAUUACUAUAAAACAUUUUAAAUAAGAUCUUAUUCUAUUCAUUAUUCUAGUGAAUUUGGCAUUUACAAUUCUAUAUUUUUGAUCUUUUAAAAAACUUACGAAAUUCGACAUUCUUGCUUCGACUAUAGCUUGAUUAGAGCAGUCGCGAUGUGCGAAGGGAUUUUUUUUAACUAUUUUUUUAUGUAUUUCUUGUGUGUGUAUUUCUAGUAGAUGUUAAAAACCAUUCUCGUUUUGCAAAUAAAUCGGUUAGUGUGUUUUAUUAUACAAUUUUAUUUGGAAACUAAAGUGGCAACCCUUUGUCAAUAAGUUGAAAAAUAGCAAGAUACGAAUUUAAAAUCAUUACUUUAGUUACGAACUUACAGUUCCUAUUAUAAGAAGUUACAGAAAAAAAGCUUCAUUCUCAUCUAUUUAAUGUUUGUUAUGUCUCUUAAAUAUUUAUCUCCCAUUAAAUGCAGGUGUCUAUGCUAAAGCUUCAAGCUUAUUCACGUGCAUUGUUUUAUUCGUACUUAGUACUAUUUAUAUUGCACAAACUCAGCACCUUCAUCUAACGGGACCGUGUUUUUAUUUUCAUUAGACAAGAAGUUAUUUAUUUGUUUUUUUUUUUAAUGUUAGACUAGAGUUUAUAGUGAUUGUAAUCUUAAAGAUUCAUUAUGAUGUAAGCUCAGAAUGAGACUGAUAGUUGUAGCACGGACAUUCGGUCAGAUGUAGUGGCUUGGAGGGAUCCAACGAAAGUGGUUUCAUGUUUUUUUUUAUUUUGUGACUUAAAAAUAUUUUUAACAUAGUAUUUUAUUUUCCUUACCAUGUGCGCGUGUAUAUUUCAUUUAUGCAAUUGUUUAUUAGGUAUAGGUGUGAAUAUUUAUGAUCAGCCCAAAAAGAAAUAAAAUGUACUUGUUUUUCGUUGGAUUCUUUUAUUUGAUAAACUGAUGGUCAAUUGCACAAACGUCCAUUAAGGUUUAAUGAUGCCUUUAGUUCUGAUAAAUUUCAAAUUUGUAUGGAUAAUGUCGCUUUAAACGAAUGAAAACUUUAAUGGAUGUUUGCGUAACUGGCUGUGAGUCUUAUGGUUUAAGUAAAAUAAAUUGAAAGAAAACAGAUCUUAUUGUGCUGUCAAUCUCUUUCUGAACCGUGUAUGUGAUGGCGUUAUACGGUAUUUGUUUUGAACAGAUUAACUCUUUGAAAUGUUACCGUAUGCUUAUUCGUCACUGUAAACGUUUACUAUAUCUACCUUAUACUGUCUUCCUUCUAAACGUCAGCCGGAGUCAGUAUUUGCUGUCAAGUACAAAAAUUAAAGGCCAAUUACGUACACACUAAAAAGUCGAAAAAAUAAUUUUCUUUUAAAUUAAAAUUGACAAUUGUAAAGAAAAAGAUUUUAACAUUUAUUUGUAGCAUCUUAAAUUUGUAGACUGUGAAAAUGUUCGAAUAGAGUACUGUCACGAUAUCCAAAUUAGUUUGAAUGAAAAAAAAAUACGAUGAUUAGUGUGCAAGUAAUAAGUCUGCAAUAAGGUUUUUUUUUAAAGCAAUAAUGCCGAAUAAUGGGAUUCUAUAUUUUAAUACAUCCUCGAUACAAGGUUUGUUGUUCCUCAGUUGUUGGGAUUUGGCUUAAUAUAUUUUAUUAAUAGAUACAAAUUUGAAAUUCCUAUCUUUACUUGAUGUCACAAAGGUGAAUUUCACGCUUCCAUGUCUACUUUUGUGUCCAGUGUUGCUACCGCUUAACUCUCUAGACAUAGGAUAUUUCGUUUCAUUUUACUCUUUCACAUAUCUUUUAGUGGAUAAAGUUGGUCACACUGCUAUGUUUUAUCAUUCGUUCGUCGUUAAUAAGGACCAUGUCAAAGUUAGUAAAAUGAAAAGGAUUAUCGCCGUGAUACCGUUAAGAUAUCGCAUCCUAUGGCUAGCCAUGUCUUGAGAGAUAGGCGUCGCACCCCUGAAGCUCCUAUACUUAGGUGUAAAAAAUGUUAAUGUUUUCAACAAUUUCUUUUGUGCCAUUACCUACCUAAAUACAUAAAAACCUGUCCACAUGAAUGUGCGUACUUAAUAUUAUAUACAUUUCAACUCACGUAGAGUAGCUUCAUUAAAUUAUUUAUAAUUGUCUUUGAACAUUUACAAAAUGUUAGUUUUUAUAUUAAGCUAUGGGAAAAAUUACAAAAAAACAACAUAUUGUCUUAAGUGUCGUAUAUUGAUUUAGGAUUAAAGAUAUACUCGUAAAUGUGAUAAUAAUACUU